CGGCGGCGUUUCUUCACUGGCUCGCCAUUUGAGGCAAAAGAAAGAAAAGAAAAAUAUACAACAGUAGCGGCAGUCAAAAAUGGGUCUCGCUCCAAAUCCACUUGAAAGAGAAAAAUUUGAACUGCUCUCAUUACUUACAGGCCCCUUCUCCUCUUUUAUUAGAUCCAAACCAACCGGUCAUUAUUAGAUCUCUUUAUCAACCAUUUUUUUUUUAAAAAAAAAAUGCAAAGCAUUUUAAAUCUAUAUAUUGCUGCCUAUGAUUUCUUAGAAUUCUGUUAAAGGAAAUGGAGUUCACCGAAGCUUAUAAACAGACCGGUCCCUGUUGUUUCUCUCCCAAUGCCAGAUAUAUCGCCGUCGCCGUCGAUUACCGUUUAGUCAUUCGUGAUACGCUGUCGUUUAAGGUUGUGCAGUUGUUUUCAUGUUUGGAUAAAAUAAGCUAUAUAGAAUGGGCAGUUGAUUCUGAAUACAUUCUAUGUGGACUUCAUAAAAGACCAAUGAUACAAGCAUGGUCCUUAACACAACCUGAAUGGACUUGUAAAAUAGAUGAAGGUCCAGCCGGCAUUGCUUAUGCUAGAUGGAGUCCAGAUAGUCGUCAUAUACUUACUACCUCCGAUUUUCAAUUGCGUUUAACUGUUUGGUCACUUGUUAAUACAGCUUGUGUUCAUGUUCAAUGGCCAAAACAUGCUUCUAAAGGCCUUUCUUUUACUAAAGAUGGGAAAUUUGCUGCCAUUUGUACUAGGCGUGAUUGUAAGGAUUAUAUUAAUCUGCUUUCAUGCUAUACGUGGGAGAUAAUGGGUACUUUUGCUGUUGAUACAUUGGAUUUAGCUGAUAUUGAAUGGUCCCCGGAUGAUAGUGCUGUAGUCGUUUGGGAUUCACCUCUUGAAUAUAAGGUUUUGAUUUAUUCACCAGAUGGAAGGUGUCUGUUCAAGUACCAAGCAUAUGAAAGUGGACUUGGUGUAAAAUGUGUUUCAUGGUCUCCUUGUGGCCACUUUCUAGCUGUGGGUAGUUAUGAUCAGAUGUUUCGGGUUCUCAACCACCUAACCUGGAAAACCUUUGCUGAAUUUAUGCACCUAUCGACAGUUCGUGCUCCUUGUUGUGCUGCUGUCUUCAAGUGCUUUCCUUUUUCUCUCUCGAAUUGCCAGGAGGUGGAUGAGCCAUUGCACCUUGAUAUGUCUGAACUUAGUUUAAGUGAUGAACUUCUCCAAGGCAAUUCUGAUGCUGCAGAAGGACACUUCAGAGUUAGGUAUGACAUCACAGAAGUGCCUAUUGCGCUGCCUUUCCAGAAGCCUCCUGCUGACAAACCAAACCCUAAACAAGGAAUUGGCCUCAUGUCAUGGAGCAGGGACAGCCAGUACAUCUGUACUCGUAAUGACAGCAUGCCAACCGCUCUCUGGAUAUGGGACAUGCAUCACCUUGAGCUUGCUGCCAUCUUGGUGCAGAAGGAUCCUAUCCGAGCAGCCACUUGGGAUCCAACAUGCACAAGACUAGUUCUGUGCACAGGCAGCUGCCACUUGUACAUGUGGACUCCUUCAGGGGCUUACUGCGUUAGUAAUCCGCUUCCACAGUUUUGCAUAAAUGAUCUCAAGUGGAAUUCAGACGGAAGCUGUCUUCUCCUCAAAGACAAGGAAUUAUUCUGCUGUGCUGCUGUGCCCCUAUUGCCAGAAUCUAGUGACUAUAGCUCUGAUGAUUGAGACAUAUCUACUCUCCUAGGCGAGACGACAGUCAAUUAGUAAAAAGAUGUAAAAAGGCACCCACGGUCAACCAAGCAGUCGUGACUCUCUGUUUCUUGCUGUACUAUGUUGUAUCUGAGAGACCUCUGUUAGUUGUAGUUCAGAGUUCAGCCUGUAGUGACAGUUCUGCUGUGAUGUACAAUUACUUAAUAGUGGCAUAUUUUAUCUUUAGGUUUCCAUCUGUA